AUGAAAAUAAUUAAUAUUUUUAGAUCAGAAUGUGAAUAUGAAACAUAUGCCCUAAUAUCCUUAAUUGUAGGGAUUACUCUUAGUAUUGUGUGUGGUGUUUUUAAUAAUGAUUGGCAUGUGUUUCCUUCCACUAUAAGCACUUUAAAUUCAGAGUUUUCUGAUCCUUCAGGAAGAAUUUUUUUUGGGGCACUAUUAAUGGCAGGUAUCUUAUUACUAAAAUCAAAAAAUAGUGAAAAGAAACUACCUUUUAAAGCAAUCAACACCUUGGGAACUAUAUGUAUUUUGGGGAUUGCAUUAUUUCCUACUGCCCAAAGUUCAGAUAUUGGAAAUAUUAAUAAAAAUAUAAUGAUAUCAAUUCAUUCAACUUUUGCCAUUAUACUUUUUUUUAUAAUACCAUUAUAUAAAAUUAUAAAAUCAAACAGUAAAUCUAAAAGGGCUUCUUUUGAGCAUUUAAAAGAAAUAAAUCUAUGUUUAUUAUUAAGCUUGGUAUCAUUUAUUGGUUUUAUUAUUUGCCAAGCAAUAAUAUGGUUCCAAGAUACAAACGAUAUUUUAAGAGUACCAGGUUCUACACCUUUAGAAGGAAAGGAUUAUUGGAUUUUAACUCACGUUUUAAGUUUUUGUUUUGAAAUUUUAUGUGUAAUUUCUGUAUUUAUAGAGUAUAUAAUUCAUGUCUAUGAAGAAUAUAAAUUACUAUCAAAUGAGAAUCAAGUUAUAUGUAAUAAUAGUAAUAAUAGUAGUAAUAGUAAUAAUAGUAAAAAUAAUAAUAUCGAUAAUAAUAAUAAUAAGACUGGUGAAAAUAAAAAUAAUAAUAUGAAUAAUAGUAUGAAUAAUAUGAUCGAAAAUAUAUAG